AUGAAGAGAAAACAGAAGAGGUUUCUACAGAUGACUGUGUUGUUCAUGAUGGCUUUAAUUUUCUUGCCUAAUAUCGGUCUUUGGUGUCUGUACAAGGAUAAUCACCUGCUGAAAUCUUCAGAGCCCGGGGAGCAGCAAACUUUUCAACUGGGCCUGGGAGAUGGGCAGUUCUAUUCAUGGACAGAUGGUUUGAGAAGAAAAGACUGGCAUGACUAUGAAAGCAUUCAGAAAGAGGCUAUGCGCUCAGGGAAAGGCGAGCACGGGAAGCCUUACCCCCUCACGGAAGAGGACCGCGACGAUUCUGCUUACAGGGAAAAUGGUUUCAAUAUUUUCGUCAGCAACAACAUUGCCCUGGAGAGGUCCCUGCCCGACAUCCGCCACGCCAACUGUAAGCACAAGAUGUACCUGGAAAGGCUGCCAAACACCAGCAUCAUUAUCCCGUUCCAUAACGAAGGCUGGACUUCACUGCUCAGAACCAUACACAGCAUCAUUAACCGGACCCCCGAGAGCCUGAUCGCGGAAAUCAUCCUCGUAGACGACUUCAGUGAUAGAGACCACUUAAAGGAUAAGUUAGAAGAAUACAUGGCCCGGUUUUCCCAAGUGAGGAUCGUUCGCACCAAGAAAAGGGAAGGGCUCAUCCGGACCCGACUGCUGGGUGCGUCAAUGGCCAGAGGGGAGGUACUGACCUUCCUCGACUCCCACUGUGAGGUCAACGUGAACUGGCUGCCCCCACUGCUCAACCAAAUUGCGCUAAACCACAAAACCAUCGUGUGUCCCAUGAUCGAUGUCAUUGACCACAAUCACUUUGGGUACGAGGCACAAGCGGGGGACGCCAUGCGCGGAGCCUUCGACUGGGAGAUGUACUACAAGAGAAUUCCUAUCCCCCCGGAGCUGCGGCGCGCGGACCCCAGCGACCCUUUUGAGUCCCCUGUCAUGGCUGGAGGUCUCUUUGCUGUGGAUCGAAAGUGGUUUUGGGAAUUGGGUGGCUAUGACCCAGGGUUAGAGAUCUGGGGAGGAGAACAGUAUGAAAUCUCUUUUAAGGUAUGGAUGUGUGGAGGAGAAAUGUUUGAUGUUCCAUGUUCCAGAGUUGGUCACAUCUACAGAAAGUACGUCCCUUACAAAGUUCCAUCUGGAACCAGCCUGGCAAGAAACCUGAAGCGGGUGGCUGAGACCUGGAUGGACGAAUUUGCUGAGUACAUUUACCAGCGCCGGCCGGAGUACAGGCACCUGUCCACAGGGGACAUCUCCGCCCAGAAGGAGCUACGGAAACAGCUCAAGUGCAAGGACUUCAAGUGGUUCAUGGCGGCAGUGGCCUGGGACGUGCCCAAGUACUACCCUCCAGUGGAGCCCCCACCUGCAGCCUGGGGGGAGAUUCGAAACGUGGCAGCAAAUCUCUGCGUGGACAGCAAGCAUGGAGCCACAGGGACAGAGCUGAGGCUGGACGUCUGUGUCAAGGAUGGCUCUGAGAGAACAUGGUCUCACGAACAGCUCUUCACCUUUGGAUGGAGAGAGGACAUCCGGCCUGGGGAGCCUCUGCACACCCGGAAAUUCUGCUUUGAUGCCAUCUCACACAACAGCCCAGUCACCCUUUAUGACUGCCAUGGCAUGAAGGGAAACCAGCUCUGGGGCUACCGGAAGGACAGAACAUUAUUUCAUCUUGUGAGCAACAGCUGCGUGGACUGUAACCCUGCAGAGAAGAAAAUUUUCAUGGCCAGAUGCGACCCUCUCUCUGAGACUCAGCAAUGGGUUUUUGAACACAUUAACAUAACUGUUUUGGAAAAAUUGAAUCACCACACCAGCUCCUAG